UGACAUUUACAUAACACUCUCGCCUGACUAGCUAGACCGGUAGCACAAAACCUGAGGUGUGAAGGUAGCCCCUACCUUAUCAGUACUCUCAAGUCUCAAAGAGCGGUCAGUUUCUCAGUGCGACCAACUCACGUCUUGACCCUGCAGCACUUUACACAGACAUCAUGGCGAAGAUGGUCGUGCAGCAACCUCAGCCUAUCGUGACGACGACUGCAUCAUACUCCAAUCAGUGGGGUACAGGAAUCUGUGACUGCUGUGAAAAUAUGGCAGAGUGUUGUUUCGCCUUUUGGUGUUUCCCCUGUUUCGCCUGCAGUACGUCGAGGAAGUUUGGCGAGUGUUUGUGUCUACCACUGCUCGACGGUUUUGGCUUGAUUCCCCCAAUUACCCUGGGCAUGAGGGCAAAAAUGCGCGAGCGCUAUGGCAUUGAGGGAUCUAUGUGCAAUGACUGCCUCUAUUCAUUCUUCUGCCUUCCCUGCGUAUGGUGCCAAAUGUCACGAGAGAUGAAACUACGUGGUCAUUCCAUCACAUUUAUAAACUCUCGAGCAAGAUGAAGACUCAACGACAAGAUCAUUAACAAAUACUGCAUGGCAUAAAUGACAUCACUUACAUACAAAAAUAAACAAUAAUAAUAUGUGUAUAAUCGUUGAAGAUAAAGCAUUGGCUCUAUAUGUACUGAAAUGUAAUCUGGUUUUCUCAGUUCAUUCUGUUGGUAUCUGAUCUAAACACUAGAGGGAGGUGUUUGCACACUAAUGCUGUAUACCUAGAAAAGGAUCCUUAGAUUGGACUCCUAUGUUUUUGUAUCUGUUUCCAGUUCUGUGAAAGUGGUGGAGGAAAUCUGACUGAUUGAAAUUAAUGUUUCAGGGCUAGAAACUUACUUGUGUAAAAUAAAUAGUUACUCUCUCUGGGUGUAAUCUUAAAUGGCAGUCCAUAGAGAUAGAUAGAUAGAUAGAUAGAUAGAUAGAUAGAUAGAUAGAUAGAUAGAUAGAUAGAUAGAUAGAUAGAUAGAUAGAUAGAUAGAUAGAUAGAUAGAUAGUUGUACCCUAGUUACUGUAAGUAUUGUACAUUUUUCAUUGCAAACCAUAUAUAUGGCAAAGUACUGUAUUACAUCAUUUAGCAGACCAUAUAAUUCAGCACAUUUGUUCACUUGGUUAGACAGUACUGUAAAAUAUUACUCAUGGCAGAGUGACUUUUCUGUACAUUCUUCAAAAGCACAGGUGCAAUAAUCAUACAUGACUUAUAGAGCCUGUAUAACAUUGAAUUCUGUAAUCAAUAA